AACGACCGGGCGCCGGGCGACAGAACGUUUUGUGCGUGACACGUGAGUGGCGUGAAUAAAUACCUACCAAAGAAUCCCAUGGUUAACAGCAUAAUAGACAAUAUUAUUAAAAAAAUAUCUGCUGUGCGAUGGCUGAAGAAGUAAAGGACUUGCUUGAAUCCUGGAAUGUCCCGAUUGACAUAAUAAAUAACUUUUCAGAUAACAAUAUAACUCUAGACCAUUUCUCAUCUUUAGAUGAUGCCUUCUUAAAAGAAUUGUGCCCACCUAUCGGAACAAGAAUCCAAUUAAAAAACGAAAUACUCGAAUUCUUAGCAGGAAGAGAUUCCACGGCGGAUACUGAAACAAUUUAUAGUGACAGCAACGGCACAACAGAUGGGGUGGAACUUGAGAGAGUUAUAGAACAAGACAAUUUACCAGGUCCUAGUUUCACCCAAAAAGAAAAUUUACCAGGUCCAAGCUGGCAAAAUGCGGAUACUUCUAAUGAUGUUUCAUCAGGUUUGGAGGAAUUAGAGGAAACACUUCGUAACCUAAUACGACCCUCAUUGCCAGAAUUCGACCUAAAAACAUUAUUACAAACUUCUCCUUUGGGAAAUUCAGUAUUACAAUUUUAUAAUGCUAAUGGCUCAUUGGACCAAAAGAGGCGAAACAGACUUGUGGAUAUUAUGAUUAAACAUAUAUUCAAUUAUACAUAUAGUGAAACAGGCAAGCUAGUAGACAAAUGUCGCAAUCUUUUAUACAUAUCUGGCGAGAAACGAACCAAUAGAAAACGGCCAUUACAAGAAACUACUGAUUCAACCACCGAAGAAGGGGAAGAAAUAGGUGUAAAGAAGCAAAAACUCGAAGAGCUGCAUAAAGAAAACAUUCUUUGGUUGAAAGUCAAUCAGGAGCCAUGGAACUCUGUCAUAGUUAAAUGGGAGAGUACUUUUGAAGUUAGACAGACUUCGGAAUAUGUUUCGGUAGAGGAUUUUCUUAAAAAUUGGCCAAUUUUGCUCGACUUAAGGGGUGACAUUUUGAUUAACCUCGAUUUUAAUCGUAUCUACCCUGGGAAAGGUACGCAUUUUUUUGAGAAGUGGCAGACCUUCUUUACCAAAAUAUUGGAAAUAAGAAAAAAGGAUUUACCAAGCAAUGAUCCCUAUAUAGCCGCAUUGUUGGAUUCAUUAGAUACCAUUGAAGACAAUGAUUCCAAGAUUACGACACAAAUAACUCUUCUUCCACACCUCAUACCACCAAAAGGGCGAACGGUCAUAGAAAAGAAACACUGGAAGUUUUCGACUCAAGAAAGUGUUGAAAGUCUGGUGGUGCUCGUUAAGAAUCCUGGUGAUAUAGAGAAAACUAUAGCCGAACAAAAAGAAAAGUCAUUAAACAAAAAACAAAGGGUUCAGCCAUAUAUCCUGGUAGAUGGCCCUGACCUGAUAAAUUUUAGAAGAAUAUUCUUGGUUGUGGAUACUUUAAGGUACCAAUUUGAUUGCCCUAAAAAAGCAUUUGAUAUUUUAUUUAAGGCCUAUCACGUAUUUAAAGCCAAGUAUCCUCUACCUGGAGAACAUAUUUAUUUGCUUAUACAAAGGUGUAUCUAUAAGAUCAAAACCAAGUAUGACAUUAUUCAGCCAUAUGUGCUGAAUAUUUUACAACAAUUAGAAUAG